AUGGAUGUCUCUCAAGCUGUCUCCGGAUACCUCUCCAAGAUGAUGCUAUCAUCGGGCGAUCCUUCAUCUUCAAAGAUGAAGGUUCUGUUGCUAGAUAGGGAGACUAUUUCCAUCGUCUCAACGGCCAUCACACAGUCCUCGCUGCUUGAUUAUGAAAUCUAUCUCAUUGACCGCCUGGACAAUGCUAGCCGCGAGAAGAUGCGCCAUCUCCGGUGUAUAUGCCUAGUUCGCCCCUCGUCAGAGACAAUACAGCUGCUUAUAGAUGAGCUUCGGGAUCCGAAAUACGGAGAGUAUUACUUAUUCUUCACGAAUGUAGCCAAAAAGUCUGCCUUGGAGCGGCUUGCCGAGGCGGAUGACCACGAAGUCGUCAAGCUUGUGCAGGAGCAUUUCGCCGAUUAUAUCGUCAUCAACCCGGAUCUAUUUAGUCUCAACAUGUCUCUUCCACAGCAGCGGAUAUGGGCUGGUGGACCUGACAAAUGGCACCCCGAUGCUCUCCAGCGGUGCUCUGAAGGUCUUUUGGCUGUACUUCUCUCUCUGAAGAAGAAGCCGUUAAUCAGAUAUGAGAAGAGCAGUCCUCUUGCUACAAAACUGGCCUCCGAAGUACGCUACAUAAUGACAAAAGAGGAGCAGCUAUUCGAUUUCCGGAAAGUCGAUACACCUCCCAUACUUCUCAUACUGGACCGCAGGGAGGAUCCGGUGACACCUCUUCUCACCCAGUGGACGUACCAAGCCAUGGUUCACCAUCUUCUCGGCAUCAAGAACGGCCGUGUUGACCUUAACCAGGAUCCAUUCUUCAAGAAGAAUAUGUAUUUGAACUUUGGUGACUUGGGUGGAACGAUCAAGGAAUAUGUCGAGCAGUACCAGUCCAAGACGAAAAACAAUGCCAAUAUCGAGUCAAUAUCUGAUAUGAAACGGUUCAUCGAAGAGUAUCCGGAAUUUCGGAAGCUCUCCGGAAAUGUAAGCAAGCAUGUUACGCUUGUGUCCGAGCUUAGCCGGAGAGUUGCUGCGGAAAGCUUAUUGGAAGUCAGUGAGCUCGAACAGAGCCUGGCUUGCAAUGACAACCAUGCUUCCGAUCUAAAGGCCGUACAAAAAAUAAUCCAGUCCCCUAACAUAACGACAGGAAGCAAGGUUGGAGUGGUAACUCUAUAUGCCUUGCGCUAUCAGAGGCACCCAUCAACUGCCCUUCCCAUGCUCAUGGACCUUCUUGUUGCGGCCGGCAAUGUAUCUACGAGACAAGCAGAUCUCGUCAAGAAAGUUCUCAAGUAUCAUUCUUCAUUACACACCUCGGACUCUCGCACCGGCAUUUCAGACAUAUUCGACUCGGCAGGCAUUUUCUCUGGCACAGCAAAUCGAUUCAAGGGUCUCAAGGGCGUGGAAAACGUUUAUACUCAGCAUAGCUCGCUGCUGGAAGGCACCUUGCAGAAUCUCAUCAAGGGUCGACUAAAGGAGCAACAGUAUCCGUUUGUGGAAGACGGCAGCUCUACUAGAGACAAGCCGCAGGACAUUAUCGUUUUCAUGGUUGGAGGUGUGACGUACGAGGAGGCGAAAAUGAUUGCCGGAGUCAACGCUACGAUGCCCGGCGUGCGUGUGGUUAUUGGUGGCACAUCAGUUCAUAACGCGACAACAUUUUUGGAGGAGGUUGAGGAUGCCGUCUCCUCUUGGGCUUGA